AUGACCCCUGCGUCGACAAAGGAUGCAUGCAGACGUGAACUGCCCAGCGGAAACGAUGGCAUGGCCGCAGACGUCGCUGGCGCAAGUCGGACGUUCAGGUUGGGCACGUUAGCCACGAAGCGCACAAGCAGCAACGAACAGAGUCCAGGCGCUAGUCGUGGCUUUACGACGACUAGCGCAUGGACUCCGGUGUUUGUAUGA